AUGUUUGAUUCCGUGGCAUCCCCUGAAGAUAUGAAGGUUCCCGUGGUGGUCAUUUUUACCAACAACCGUGAGGAGCGUGAAAAGACACUUGAUGCGCUCGGGGCCUUCUUGCCAGGCCUUCUAGGCUUUGAAAAUCCGGCAAGUGCUGGCGCCGUCUCCGAUCGUCGGAUCGGCUUUCUGCUCUUCCAAAUCCAUGUGGUGGAUAUAGUUGGCGAGGUCUGCCAACUCACCACCAGCACUGCUGCGACGAUUGCUGAUUGCGACUUGAGCCGCGGCAUCCUCAUGAGUCCACGACGCGUCGCACUGACAGCGAAUUUUCAAGAGGGUCAUCGUCGCUUUGGGGUGCUGCUGAGACGCUUGUUGUCUCCUUUUCUGCAAGCGAAGCUCUCUCGCUUGGCAGCUUGCCGUGGGAACGUGUUCUUCUGGGGAGAUCUGACGCGCGACAGAAGGACCAGCAUUGACAUUGCGAUCAUCCGUGAAUCGAUCAAACGCGUGAAGGCUUUCAUAAGGCCGUCGGUCGAUCCAGCAACGGUGGAAUCCUCAACAAGGGGCACUGCAGCUGUACGGCGCUUACUUACGAUGAAGUUGGGGUAUAGCGCGGCCGAUUUCCUCUCUCUUCAACACUCCAAGGGAUCUAGCCAAGAUCACUGCCUUUUGCUCGUCGGUGAGCCCAGAACGAUGGAGGAUCAUCCAGCCUCUCGCCUCCUCCGGGAAGUUCACGUUCACCUUGCCUUGACAUUUGUCAAACAAUUCGGUCGCCCGAGCGAUCCAAGCUUUGAGCGACUCUCCUUCAGUGGCCCUCAAGGCAAACGCUUCAGUCAAUACCUCGAACAUCUCAUCCGAAGCAUCUUCUGGCGGAAAGCGCUGAUCCAGAAGCUCGAACAAUGCUUUCUCUAUCCUUGCGUUGGUAGGAGUUUGUUGGUCACCCUUCCAGCGUCGGAGCCACCGCUGAAAGUGGAAUCUGAUGAGCUGGCCAUGGCGUUCAUGCCUACGAUCCGGAGGACCUUUGUGGCAGCGCCAGUGGUCAUAGGACCAAGAGCAAUGGGCCUGUUUGAGACGCAGAAGGAGGAUCCUCCACUCACAUUGAGCCAGAUUCCCGAGGAGCGGCGAUGCCUUCUUUGUCACACCAUCGCCAAAGGUUGGGCCAGAGCUUUGGAGUCCAAAGUUGCUAGUUUGCCGACUAGGCAAUUGCACGAGGAGGAGUUCAUUGACGUGUUGGAAACUAUAUGCAUCAACAACAGUGUGAAGGAGCCAUGCGGACUUGGAACAUCAAUGGCUGUGUCAACAUAUUCUGGAGUCUGUAGGGGAGGACGACUUGUGGCGUAUCUUCGUCAGGCUCAAGGACAUUCCUGCAGAGCACCUAUGCACAGCUGA